AUGGCUGAAAAAAACGACCAGCAGCCGGGAUCGCGAUCACGCAGAAAUGAGAAAUGCGUUCUCUAUUGUUUGCUAUUCAAAGUGAAAGAUAACGAAAAUGCUUCGAUGGCAAGCAGAAGAGUGUUCAAAUCCGGUUCAAAACUGAAAGAAGUCAAAAGAGUAAAGUGGGACCGAAAAGAUGCCUACGGAAAUAUUGUUAUACCAUACACUAUUGCGGCGGAUUAUGUGGACCAGGCAAUGGAAAAUCUCAGCAUAGCAAUGAAAAGAAUUGAGGAUCAUACGUGCAUACGUUUUACAAAGAGAAAGAAUGAGAAGUACUAUGUGAAGAUCGUAAACGAAAAGGGUGGAGGGUGAGU